AUGCCUAAACAAAAAACUAACCAAGGACCUUGUUCUAUUUACAAUUGUAACAAAGAAUCUACAAUAUUUAGAAGUUUAACUGAUAAUGCUUUUGCAAAAGCAUUAGCUAUAAGAACUCUUCAACAAUAUUCAUAUUUGCAAAUCAAUCAACAAAUUUAUCCAUUACCGCAAUUAUCUCUUGCUGAUAAAAUAAAAAAAAUGACAACUAUAAUAUAUAAUAGACAACGAAAAGAAUCAGCUACUCUUAUACUUGAGCCUAAUAGUUUUAAGAAAAUGCUUGAAGAAUCUGAUUCUGAUUUGAUUGAAUUUUUUGAUGAAAUAU